UGGUGGAGUCGCGCGACUCGUGCCGUUUCCUUGGAGUCCUUGGACAGUAUUGGUGAACGAAGCUGUUAAAGAGCUUCAUCGUUUGAAUAUGGCACUAGUGAUAGUUUCGGGAUUCCAUUCGUAUGACGAUUGACCGUGAUUUCGAGCACCGAUAAAAUGACAAUAUGAACGGUAGGCCGAUUCGAUGGAGUGACUCGGACCCGCUAAUACAUCGACAGGGAAAAAAGACGUUAAGGUCAUCACGAACGAGCUUUUUGCAGAUCAUGAUCAUUUAAUGCAAAGUGAGAAUAAUGGAUGGUACACGAGCGGCAGAAGUAUUGCCAUUGCUGCAAGAACGUUUGGCAAUACUACCGGGUGGACGGGAUCGUAGAGGGGGACCUGUGCUUCUGUUUCCAAGCACACCGAGACGCGAACGUGCAAAACCCGAGGAUUACAGACGUCUUCUUCAAUAUUUAUUUGCCAUCCCGAGUGAUGAAGCCAGGGGCCUGCGAUUUACUGUGAUUGUGGAUAUGCGUGGUACAACGUGGGAUUCGGUUAAACCUAUUUUGAAGGUGUUACAUGAACAUUUUCAUCGUACAGUUCACGUAGCUUUUCUUAUUAAACCAGAGAAUUUUUGGCAGAAACAGAGAACUUCAUUGGGUAAGCAGAAAAAGUAUAAUUUUGAGAUUAAUACAAUCAGCUUAGAGGCUCUUGUAAAAGUUGUAGAUCCUUCUCAGCUUACUGCAGAUUUAGAUGGAUCCUUGCAGUAUGAUCAUGCUCAGUGGAUUGACACCAGAUUAGUUGUAGAAGAUUUUACAUGGCAGGCAGCAGACCUUCUCGAUCGAUUAGAUGACUUGCAAGAAGAUCUCAGUCGAAAUGACUUUGCUGACGAUGUUGCAGGAGCUAAGCAUGGAAUUGAUUUGCAUAAUGAGAUGAAAAAGAAAAUCUUGAAAGUCCCAGUGGAAGACAUCGAAGUUAUUGGACAACGCUUGCUUCAACGAUUUAACAAUAGUGCAACAGCAACCGGUGGAGAAGGAGGAAGUAUUGAUAAAGGCGCGGCGAGUUGCACAGAUUCUGAUGGACGAGCAUUGGCUACCUUGGUUAUUCAACAUUUGGAUUCUGUGCAUGCUGCCCAACAGCAUCUGUUACAACUAUGGCACAUCAAGAAGAUGAAAUUGGAUCAGUGUUUUCAGCUGCGAUUGUUUGAACAAGAUUGCGAGAAGAUGUUUGAUUGGAUUUGUCACAAUCGAGAAGUGUUUCUCGCUAGUUAUGUGGAGAUUGGCCGUUCGUAUCAAUUGGCCAAGAAUCUGCAGGAAGAACAUAAACAUUUUACAAUGAGCUCGAUGAACGUUUACGUGAAUAUAAAUAAAAUUCUCACGAUGGCUGGCAAAUUGCUGGAGACGCAGCACUACGCGGCUGGGCAUGUACGAGCGGUGGCGGGACGUCUGGAUCGAGCUUGGAAGGAAUUCGCCGCGGGUCUCGAUGAACGUACCGCAGUACUUAGUUUAAGUGUAGUGUUUCAUCACAAAGCGGAACAGUACGUCGAUAAUGUAGCUGGCUGGAGUCAAGCGUGCGAGAUUAGUAAUCUGCCCAGUGAAAUUCCAGUGCUUGAAUCUCACAUUCGCCAACACCAAACUCUUUACGAAGCAAUGUGUCAGGCAUAUACAGAGGUUUACAAUGCAUAUCAAGCGUUAUUGAGUGGCCUGGGUUCAAUGCUGCAAGUAUGUCAUAAUGUGAGCGCCCAUUCUUCAGGGUCGGAUACAUUUCGCGUCGAUUAUGUGCAUAGUACCAGUAAGAAGCUUCUUUACCAACUGGAUCAUCUUGUGCAAGUCUGUAAUCAACCACAAGGAAUUGACCAUGUCUCCAGAAAACAUAACCAAGAUGGACACAGUAUUGACAGUCAAACCAGCACAAGUGGUAAUCCAGCGGCUGAUUACAGCGAAGGUGCAUCUCAUGUAUUAGCCGUCAUUCAUCAGAUUCUUGGUCAUCAUAGAGCAUUGGAAGCCCGCUGGCACGCUCGCAAAGUCAAAUUGCAUCAACGACUUGCAUUAAAAUUAUUUCAAGAAGAUGUGAAACAAGUUCUUGACUGGCUGACCAAUCAUGGCGAAGUUUUUAUUAGAAAAAAUACAGGUGUAGGUCGUAAUCUGCAGAAAGCACGCGUUUAUCAAAAAAGCCACGAACAUUUUGAAAAUGUUGCUCAGAAUACUUAUACAAAUGCGACUAAACUUUUGACUGCUGCCGAGGAACUUGCUCACACGGGGGAAUGCGCACCUGAUGAAAUAUAUGCAGUAGCACAAGAAUUAGAGGCUCACGUUAGUAGCUUUGCAGCGAGGGUCGAGCAACGGCGUCGCAGAUUAGAUUUAGCAGUGGUGUUUUAUACUCACGAAAAGGAGCUUAUCGGUUGGGUAGACGAAUUACGUCAGGAAUUGCAACAGGAUGAGGUUGCGGAAAAUCUAGAGACAGCGGAAAGAUUGUUGGAACAAUGUGCGCAGCAUAGAUCGUCUUGUCUUGAGGCGUGCGCUUCGACAAUAGCUCAAGGCGAAGCUCUGCUGCAAGAACUCCGCGAGGCAACUGACGCACCCGAUACAACUGGUUCAAUAUCAGCUGUAGAGUCGGCCUUGGACAGAUUGGCAAGCUUAAGACAAGAAUUAGAAGACUUAUGGGCCACUAAAAAGCUGAGACUGGAACUGUGCUUGCGAUUACGUGUUUUCGAACGUGAUGCGCUAGAGGCUAGUGGUCAGCUGGAGAUGUGGGCGCAGGAGUUGCAGGGUCCACCGCGAGAGGGUUCUCCUGAACAGUUACUGCGUGUACACAACGAUGGAGUCGCUCAUAUGCAGAAUACCGCUUUUCAAAUUCUGCAUCGUGGCCAAGAAUUGGCUCAAGUUUUGGAAGAAGCAGGAGUGUGUAUUAUGGCGGACGGUCAGCAUAGUGCGGCAGCGCGGGUGCAGGUUCUGCUAGAGUUUCUGAAUGAGAGAGAGUUGGAUGCGGAGGACCUUGCGGAGAUGCGAAGGGUACGACUGGAACAGGCUUCUCAAUUAUUGCAACUACAAACGGAUGCUUCUCAUGUGAUUAAAUGGAUACGAAACGGCGAAUCAAUAUUAUUGGCAUCGUUGAGGAUACCGGACGAUUUCGAAGAUGCCGACCAAUUGGGAAAGGAACACUAUCAUUUCCAACUCGCGAUAACAAAUACUCAUGCAUCCGCUGUGCAAGUAAAGCAUAAAGCGGAUGUUUUGAUAAACGGGAAUCAUUACGACCCCAAAAGCAUUAGGGAGAUUGCAGAGGAUGUUACCAAACGAUGGCAACAGCUAGUGACCUGUGCGGAAGAACGACAUAAAUUAAUUACUGCCAGUUUAAAUUUUUACAAAACAGUAGACUCGGUACGUUCGGUUCUUGACAGUUUAGAACUACAAUACAAUGUGGACGACGAUUGGUGUGCUGAUGGAGAAAAAGCCGCCGGAAUAUCUGCGAACAUUACUAGGCAUCAGGAGCAAAAGGAGGCUUUUUUGAAGGCGUGCACGUUGGUACGACGGACUGGAGAAACGUUCUUAAAGUACAUCAAUCGUAGUCUACAAUUUUAUAGCUAUCACGCUAAUAGCGCCGGUUCCGCGAACAAAGUAAAAAAUAUUUUGGAGGAGUUAGUUAGUAAGGAAAACAAAGUCCUCGAAUAUUGGACGCAACGAAAGAAACGCUUAGAUCAAUGUCAUCAAUAUGUUCUGUUUGAACGUAGUGCUAAACAGGCUCUCGAAUGGAUAAAAGAAACCGGGGAGUUGUAUCUAGCGACGCAUACCAAUGUCGGUAAGAAUCACAUCGAAAACGAACAACUGUUGCAAGAGCAUAUCGAGUUCAAGGGUGCAGCGAAGGAAACGAGAGAAAGGGUGAAAUUGUUGAUUCAACUCGCCGACAAUUUAGUUGAGAGAGGUCAUGCUCAUGCUACGGCAAUCAAGCAGGCUGUUGCCGAGGUCGAUCAGCGAUACAAGGAUUUUAGCACGCGAAUGGAUUGCUACAAAACGCAAAUUGAAGGCGAUUUAGGUAUCCAACCUGACGAAAUGCAUAGAGAUCUCUCCAUUGACCGGAAUUCAGAUCCGUUGCUGGAAGAAAAGAUCAAGGGUAAAGAUUUGAAAGAAUUGAACGAGGAGAAAAGAAGAUCUGCACGAAGGAAAGAGUUCAUUAUGGCGGAACUCUUGCAAACUGAACGUACAUACGUGAAGGAUUUAGAAACCUGCAUCCGUUGCUUCUUGGACGAGACACGAUGCGGAAAGGGAAACGUUCCAAUAGGUUUACUAAGUCGGGAAUCGAUUAUUUUUAGCAAUAUAGAAGAGAUACAUCAGUUUCAUAGCAAUGUGUUUCUACGUGAGCUAGAAAAAUACGAAACCAUGCCAGAGGAUGUGGGACAUUGUUUUGUAGUGUGGGCACCUAAAUUUGACAUGUAUGUAACAUACUGUAAGAAUAAACCCGAGAGCAAUCAACUAUUAAUAACGCACAGUGGAACAUGGUUUGAGGAAUUGCAGAGAAAGCAUAAAGUAGAACAUCCUAUUGCUGCAUAUUUAAUUAAACCUGUACAGAGAAUUACCAAGUAUCAGCUAUUGCUUAAGGACUUACAGGCUUGUUGCCAAGAAGGUCAGGGCGAAAUAAAAGAGGGAUUAGAAGUGAUGUUAAACGUGCCUAAAAAAGCUAACGAUGCCUUACACUUAAGUUUAUUGGAAGGUUGCGACGUUAGUAUAGAUGCGCUCGGUGACGUUGUAUUGCAAGAUUCGUUCACUGUGUGGGAUCCAAAACAAUUGAUCAGAAAAGGAAGAGAUCGUCACAUAUUUCUUUUCGAAUUGUAUCUUCUCUUUACUAAGGAAGUGAAAGACUCUGCAGGAAAGGUCAAGUAUGUUUAUAAAAAUCGCCUAUUGACCUCCGAAUUGGGCGUAACUGAACAUAUUGAAGGUGACGAAUGUAAAUUCGCGGUAUGGACAGGACGGGCACCGACCAGCGACACACGCGUAGUAUUGCGGGCGAACUCAAUGGACGCGAAGCAUCUGUGGGUGAUGCGGUUACGCGAAGUGAUACAGGAGACCUUUUUGGGCAAGAAUAUGCCCAAGAGCCCCGCUAAAAAGAGUUCCAGUCAACGUUCCAGCAGAGAUCUGGAGGAAUGUGCAUCCUUGGACGAGAGUGUGGAGAAUCUCGACAGAAAUUCCUUGGCUUCCUUCGGUUCGACUAACACUACAGAUUCUGAUAAGACCGGAGUCGUUGAGAUGACAUGGGUGAUCGCUGAUCAUAUGGCCGCGCCGGGCUCGAAAGAGCUCAGCGUGACGAAAGGACAACAGGUCGAGGUGCUGGAGAAUGGUAGCGUGAACAUCAACACUACUGGCAUGCCCAAUUCUGGUGAAUGGACCCUGGUGCGUCUACCGCUCACGUCCGGACAAACCGAACCGGCAGCGGAGGGUCUAGUGCCUACCAGCGCUCUUAAACAGCCGCCGACCGCCUCUUGCAAAACUUCACCGUCCAAAAAAGCGUCCAUGCAGCAACAGCAACAGCAACAGCAACAACAGCAGCAGCAGCAGCAACAACAAAUCAAUCAAGAAAUCGUCCAAGCGCUACAGCAAAUUACCAUCACGUCAUCGACUACCGGCAACACGUUACCGCAGCAGGCGUCUUCGUUAACUGCGCGGUCGUUACCGGUACUGUCACCGAUAGUAUCGGAGGACACGGAAAACACCGGAAGCGACAGUAGCGCUUCAACUAGUACAAAUUCACCUGGCAACAAGAGGCGAGGUUUCAGUGGACGGAGGUCUAGUAUAUGGGUAUCACCUUUACGCAGAUUUAGCCAUGGUAAAGUCGAGAAAACCAAUACGGCCGCACCAACAUCACCUUCUUUGAUUAGGCUGCCUUUGAAGAAAAGCGGCACGAAGAAACAAUUUCACUUACCGAUCACCGAGCCUAAUCGGCCUGCCUUCGAGGCGGAGGCUGAAAUGCAGGAGGGCGAGGAAAUCAGUAAAGAGGAAGAGCAGCAGCAGGUCGAGGUAGAUGUUAAGGAGAGCGACGACACGGCGGUGACGAGUUUGCAGGAGCAGAAUAGUGGUGAAGAUGCCGACGACGAUCUGGAACUUCCACCUCCGAUGAAGCCUAUAACCGAACCAAUACUUGUAGCAACCGCAAAUGUUCCAUCAGGAUCUACUAUACCAAGUGAAUUGCCGGAACAUACAACGAAGAUUCUCGAUGGCGGCGCUACAACGGCCGAUCUCUCGGAGAUUGAGCAAAUCGUCAAAGAGAAAAUGGAGCAACAUACAGAGAAUCAGGAGAGGCAUAGUUUCAUGCAAACCCCUACCGCGUCUAUUAACACAAUCGAUUUCAAGGAGGAUGAGAGCGUCGUGAUAAAAAAACGGCAGUAUGUUAUUCGCGAGCUGGUGGAUACCGAGAGAGAUUAUGUCAAUGACUUAAAAAAGAUAACUGAAGGUUACAUGGAACUAAUGAACGAUCCCAAUUGUGAGAUUCCCUUACCGGAAGCUCUACGCUCUGGGAAAGAUAAGAUAAUUUUCGGUAAUAUAGGGUCUAUCUACGAGUGGCACAAAGAUUAUUUCCUUAAAAAUGUGGAGCGUUGUUUGGAAAAUCCUGAACUGCUCGGACCUCUCUUUAUACGUUCUGAACGAAGGUUAUACUCGUACGUGGAUUAUUGUCACAACAAGCCCCUUUCAGAAUACAUUGUAUCUGAAUAUAUAGAUACUUACUUCGAGGAACUUAGGAAAAAGCUUGGUCACAAGCUACAACUCUGCGAUUUGUUGAUCAAACCUGUACAAAGAAUUACGAAGUAUCAACUAAUUCUACGGGAUGUACUGCGCUACACUGAGCAAACUCAAAGAACAGCAGAAAUCAAAAACCUCACAGCAGCGCUUGAUGUCAUGCUAGUUAUUCCUAAAACUGCAAAUGAUAUGAUGGACGUUGGAAGAUUACAAGGUUUUGAGGGUAAGAUAACGGCGCAAGGAAAACUCUUGUUACGCGGUCCGCUUCUGGUGUCGGAACUAACGAACGUAUCGAAAGUAAAGGAAUGGCAAGUCUUUCUUUUCGAACAAAAUAUCAUCUUCAGUGAAAUUGUGGGCAAGAAAACGCAAUUCACCAAUCCUGGCUAUGUAUAUAAAGCACAUAUUCUGGCAAACAAAAUGAGUCUUGAAGAUUCAAAGGAAGAUCCAGAGAAGUUUAUUAUCCAAUCGACGGGCGUGGAUUCUCGAAGUACUGGACGAGGAUUCUCGUGUAGCGUAGCUCCAGAAAGUAGUGGACCGAGCAGACAGGAGUGGAUAGAUGCCAUCUCUUCCAUCCUGAAAACUCAGAACGACUUCCUGAAGGCGAUAGAAUCACCAAUUACCUACCAGAGGAAACUUGCCAAAGAAGGAGCUCGUCCACUCCGUGCCACCGUCACUACGUCCGAACCUGUGCGAGCAACCGUAUCGGUUCCUCCGACGCUGAUAGUCUCCGGAUCGAUGAAACGAGACAAGGGUAACGACCAUAGGACAAACCAACCACUACAACGCUCGCAAACCGGGGGAUUGGAAUGCGUGCAACCACGUACGCCCAGUCCGACAAAAAGUAGGCUAAAUUUCCUGGAAGGAUUUAAGAAUACUCUACGCACACGCUCGCCGAUUCGCAACAAUUCCAUCCCGGUCGUGCCAGGUGCACGUGUAAGAUUGGCUGCAGAUUGGGGAAAGUUACAUGCCGGAGAUGAACUUGUUGUCUCCCAUUUCGACGGCCCGGGCUUAGUGGUGUCUCCCGUGAAUACCAAGGACGAGUUGUGGAUUCCGGCGAGUCUUAUCCCGAACUCGGCAAUCAGCCGAGCGUGGUCAUUUCGACCGCGGAAAAUCGAUCUCGCGAGAUGCCACAUUGCUGAUCCCUGGGAGUCAACGACAAUGGCGACAACGCCCGAGGACAAAACGCCAGUUAUCCUGAAUAAUUUGAUGUCGAUUCGCGCAACUGUCGGUGAAGUCGUUAGACUCUCUGUUGAGACGUACAACGCGGACAAUGCGAUUGUUGCUUGGCGAAAGGAAGGUGAGAAUCAAUAUAUAAGAGAAAAUGAUCGGUAUCAAUUCCAGCAAAGCGCGGGCUUCGUAUACCUGCAAAUCACCGGUUGCCGAGCUUUGGACUCUGGGAUAUAUCACUGUUACCUAAAAAGUGGAACAGACUCUUGCUCUGCGAGCAUUUCUCUCUUCGUCGUAGGCGGGAAGAGCAAUACUUCUGCGCGCGUUUUAGGAUGCUCAAAAGUGGAGAUUGAUUGGGAUAAGGAAGAAAUCGGUGGCACAUUGUGUAGUAUAGAAUGUAGAACUUUACCGUCGCAGCAAUGGGUGCCAAUAUCGAAGCAGACUAAUGAACCGCCAGUUCUAUUAGAUGUGUCGACGGAUGCCUCAUAUAGUUUUCGAGUAAUAGGUGACGAUGGAAGGAUGACCUCGCCGUCGAUUGUAGUGACCCUGUCACGCUCGGACAUAGGUGGUGGUGCAGAAUGGGAAGCCAAACAGUUCGUCGGCAGAUACUUGGAACUGGACGAACUGGGUAACGGUAGAUUCGGCACGGUUCGUCGCGCUAGAGAUAAGGGCACUGGUCAAGAGGUAGCACUCAAACAAAUUCCACGACACAAACAGUCGAGAUUGUUGACGCGCGCAGAAUACGACGUGCUGACUUCUACUCAUCACGUUAACAUCGUCAGAGCUUUCGCCUUAUUCGAGAACGCACCUCGACCCGGAGUGGACACCAUCGUUUUGGAACUAGUCAAAGGUCCGACACUGUUCGCGUAUCUGAGUGGGAAAACGGAAUACACCGAGGCGACGGUGACGCGGUAUACUUGCCAACUAUUGUCCGCCUUGCAUUGGUUGCACUGUCGCAGCCGGGCGCAUCUAGAUGUGAAACCGGAGAAUGUUCUUGUCGAUCAUGAGACGGACCACGUGAAAAUAAUAGAUCUGGGGGAAGCAGUCAGAGCUCCUAUCGACGAGAUUGUGCCACCUCCUGCCGAUCUGGAAUUUGCAGCGCCAGAGUUAGUGCUAGGUAGACCGACUGGUUCUUACACGGAUAUGUGGGCUGUCGGAGUUUUUAUUUAUAUUUUGCUGAGUGGAUUGUCGCCAUUCUUGGAUGACUCCAUGGAAGAAACUACCGCCAACAUUCUCAAAUGUGAUUUCUGUUUUCCCGACGAAUAUUUCGAGAUGAUAUCCAGCGAUGCAAAGGAUCUUCUCAAGAAAUUAUUAUGUUUGCGUGGUGAGGAUCGAGUAAAUGCAGAAAUCUGUCUUGGGUCGCCAUGGUUAAAGAUAUUAACUGGCGCUACCAUACCGUCCACUAGAAUGGUCGCAUUUAUUGAACGUCGUGCACACUGUCUUAAACUACGUCAAGAUCAUAAUGACAGUUUUUAUUCUUAAGAUUAACAAUAUGCAAUAAGCAUGUUACUUAAAAUACAUGACAAAUUUAUGUAUGUAAAUAGCAGAAUAUAUAUCCUUAAGUGUAUAAUUGUUGAUGCCUCCUUUAAUUCUGACAUGUAAAUAGCAAAAUAUAUAUACUUAAAUGUAUAA